AUGAGGUUUCAUAAUUGGUCGGUAGUUCUACUAUUCAUAUCAAUUGCUCAUGCAGUUUUAUUAGAUGACGCAUUUUCCAAUAAAGAAACCAUCAAUUAUAUAUAUCGACAAUUAUCCCAGAUUCAAUUAAUCAAUAAUGAUAUAAUCAUAGGUCGAACCAUUAUUGGGAAUCAAUUAGUUGGGAUUGAUGUCAAGGGGAGUAAUUCGAUUAAUUGGAAGAUUGAUUUGGAUAAUUUUGGAAAUCAUACCAGUGGACUUGAAUAUAUUUCUUCGGAUACGAAAGUUUAUGUAUAUGAUGGACAACAAUCAGAAAUCUAUCAAAUUGAUGGUAUGACGGGUAGAUUAAAGGUGAUUGAAUUAGAAAAUGAGCCAAUUCAAUUGGCGGAUGAUAAGCAUGGGAUGUUUGUUGUUGAUUCACAUGGGGGGCUCUCUUAUAUUGACCAUGAGACUGGAUCAAUCAGCAAGAUUGAAUGUCAAGAAGAUGUUCAAUUCCUUAGAGUAGAUGGGAUGAGAAAUGGAUAUACGUAUUUAAUCAUCAAUGAUUCGAGAUUGAAGAAAUUAUCAACCCAGAAAAAAGUGAUUGUAGAUACAGAAAUUUCAGUUGGUGGUGGUUCAAUUAAACAAUUUAAAUCCGGGAUAAUUGUAUCUGAAAAUGAUCAAUUAUUUAGAUUUAAUGAUAAAAAGAAAUCAUUUGAUAGGAUAGAAAAUGAUGCAUAUAAGAAUUUAAUAGUUAUUGAUGAAAAUUAUUUAUAUUCAAUAUUAAUUGAUUCAAUUAAAAUCAUUACCAUCAAAAACAACAACAAAGUUGAAUUAGUUGAAGAAAUCCCCAUUAAAAGAAAUUCCAAAAUUGAUUUAUUAAGUUCUUCAUUAAAUGAUUUCAUAAUUAUUUCCGAUAUGAUAGGUACAAGAUCAAUCUAUGAUUUAACUGAUUUAUUAAUCACCAAAGAUGUUAAUAGUAUUCGAAAAUUCAAUAUCAAAACCGAUAAACAAUUCCAACAUGAUUUCCUUACCACUGAAAACAAUGAAUUAUAUUUACUUUCAUUAAAUUCUAGUCUUUUCGGGGAAUUACAUAGUUUAUUUGAUGGGAAUUUAUUCAAAAAGAUCAAACCUGCUAAUCAUCAAUAUCUGUCGAAAACCAAUUCAUAUAUAAUAAUCAAUCAACCAGAUUUAGAAAGUACCAUACAUGAAGUUCAACUGAUUUUACAAGAAGCUGAUACUGGAUUCAUAUUCACAAAUUGGAUCCAUCGAGUCAGGAGACACUUGGUUGAAUUAGGGAGAUUUAUAGUCUCAUUAGCCAAACCCUCAUUAGUUAAUCAAGGGGCUAAAAUUAAUGAAUUUGGAUUUGAUAAAUUGAUUAUAUUUUUCGAUGAGGAUCAUAAACAAUUAGUGGCGAUUAAAUCGAGUAAUGGAGAAGUAUUUUGGGUUUCGGAACAUAUUAAUGAUAAUUUCAUUUCUUUAAACCUGGUUGGGAAAGAAGCUGAAGAGGAAGACAUUCUUGUUAUUUUUGAUUCGUAUGUUCUUGUGGUGAAUAGUCAUAAUGGAGAGGUUGUUCAACGGAUACCUAAUAAUAAUCAAUAUGUUGAAGUUGUCAAUGUUCAAGGAGAUGGGUUUGCUUUAAGAACGAAGAAUAAUAAAUAUUUAUUACCUAGAGCUAUUAAUGAAGAUGCGUUUUUCACUACCCAAGUGUCUGAUCAUGAAAUUAUAGGACAAAUCAUCCCCGCUAAACAAGUGUUAUCACGACAAACAUGGAAAUUCGGAUUUGAUAAUGAGAAUGAAAAGAUAAUUGCCGUUGCCAAAAUCCCUUCGGAAUCAACCACAGCCUCGUUGGGGAUUCCAUUAGUCGACAAAACGGUAUUAUACAAAUAUUUAAAUCCAAAUCUUAUAUCAAUAUUAACCCAGCAAUCCACCGUCUUGAAAUUAUAUCUCCUCGAUGGAAUCACCGGGAAUUUAUUACACACCUAUUCCCAUGACCCCAAUCUCAUCAUCGACCCCGAAUCAAUCAAAAUCAUCAUGGAUGAUAAUUGGAUAAUAUAUACCUAUUUCACCAAAUCCCCAAAACUCGAACAACGAAUCACCGUCGUCGACUUAUUCCACUCCUCCAACCCUUCUUCCACUUCCUCCACCUCAAAUCUAAACACCACCACCAAGAUCGGCACCAUCAGUUCAAAAUCAUUCAUAUAUCCAGAACGUAUCCUCUCCCUCACCUCCACCCAAUCCAUUCAUGGCAUCACGACAAAAUCAAUCCUCGCCAUAACCGAAAGCGGGAAUUUGGUAGAAAUACCAAAAUAUAUCCUAAAUUCCCGCAGGAUUGAUGAUCGACAUCUUACAGCUGAGGAUUUCCAGAAUGAUUAUAGGAUGACGGCGUAUGAUCCUAUCGUUGCUAAGAAUAAUUAUCAGACUUUGAAUCAUAAACAACAACUAGACACAGGUGGGAAGAUAUUAAUAAAACCAACCCAUUAUGAAUCAAGUAUUGUCGUUUGUUAUUAUGGAACCGGGGUGCAAUAUUGUAGUAUACUCCAACCUAGUGGAUCAUUUGAUUUCUUGUCUCAGGGGUUUGAUAGGGUGAAGUUAUUGAUUACGUUGGUGGUAUUGGUGGUAGGCGUGGUGAUUAGUAAACCGUUUGUGUUUAAUAAGAAAUUGAAUUCAGAGUGGAUAGAUUAG